CUUAACUGGAGACGAUACUGGCAUGCAGCACGUAGUGUUAACACAAAAUCUAGUGCAGUUAGUGCGCUACUCUAAACCUUCCAGUAUCACUGAAACGCCAUUUCCAACGUAAUGUGGUCGCUGCUUCUUUUCGCCCAUUCGGGUCGAUUUCAAAUUUGGUGCGUUGCCAUACUGGCAUCUUUUAUAGUUGAUCUUGAAUUGCGGAGGUACCAAGUUCAAGCGCAGGUCAUUGAAUCAAGUGCUUACCUAAACCAGAAGUUGGCCAAUACAGCGGGCUCAUCAUUGAUUCCAAGGCCGUUUGGAGAAAGUGAAAACCAUAAAACAUUAACAAAAGUGCCUAGCCAUAUGCAAUCUUUGGACGGUAGUGAAGAUAUCCGCCGUUUCAUGUGGUCGGAAUUUGAAGAUACAAUCGGCACACUUAUGCACGGAUUGCCGAGUGGAACAGGUAGCGCCCAUCGUAAUCAUAAGAUUCCAGCCGCAAAUAAAGCCAAGGGUCACCGUUAUUUGCCAGCCGCGUCAACGGCUGUCAAGUAUAUAAUAAAAAAACCAAAUAAAUUCAGCAUAAUGACGAGGUAUCCACCAUCCCAUGUGCUUAAAACCCCACUUUUGUACGGAUCUAAUCCGCUGGUGGAGUCGUCCAAGAAUUAUAGAGUGAAUUACAAAAUGUUCGAAGAGCUCGCUCUCCAAGAGUGGGCGAAACAGCAAAAAAGUACAGAUAUAUUAAUAAAUGGGGACAUCCCAAAAACAUUGGCAGUCAACCCGGUAAGCACUAGUAAUUCUAGCCAUAUCGAAGAUUGGAUCCCCAUUUCAAUCGAACCUGUGAAGCCCUUGAUAAAAUUGCAUACAGACGUACGACCCUUCAUACAAAACAGCCUACAGGAACUCUCUCAUGCUGCAUUUGUGAACGAAACCGACAAUCCACUUGAACCUUACAAACAAAAUGCAAAAUUUUCAACAUUCUAUAAUCAAACGGCAAACCGUGAAAGACGUUCCGAAUUCAACACAAAAUCGGUCAAAAGAGAAAAUUUGGGAGAAUUUUCAAAACGAAAAGUUGUAAACCAUUACACAACAAAAAAAUCAACGGAUUUACACAAUGCCGAUCUUAUUCCGGCUGAAGCAGAAGCGAAUCCUAUUAGCAGUAGCACGGAGCGAGGACAAAGGACAUUCAGAGGGUCACUGAAAUUUGGCGAUAAACUGCUAAAAUAGUUAAUAAGUUGGUUGAUAUUAGCAUGAAGUUUGGUAAAAUAAUAUUUAUUAUACAUACUACAGACUACACGAUAUAUUUGGUGCCCAAAAAUACAUGUUUAGGCUACUUGAAAACAGAUACGCAGUAUAUGUAUAUAAAGUAUAGUUAAUUAGGUAAUAGGAUAGAAUAACAAUGGAUGCAAUCAAAGAUAAAUUGCGGUUGAAAAAAACAGUAGUAUCCUAUCAAAUUUAGCAACCACGUAUAUUAAUGGAAAAUUUUGAGAAAUCAUCCGCUUUUGGGGCUUUAAAUAACACUAUUGUGUGCAUGGCAUUUAAAAAAUCAGUUUUUGUUAUUAGUACUGCCAA